GAACCACUUCAUGAACCAGUCAGCGGUAUGGUAUGUCCGGGCAGCGGGGCUUCGGAUGUCAUCAUGACGUCAUUGGUAUAAAACAUACAAGCCCAGAUACGCGCAUCGCGGAAAACCCCUUGGAUCACUCGAUACACGCUCCGAAGCCUCGUCACACCGCUUCUUGCCGCUUCAGGUAACUCUUGUCUCUGUCAGUCUGUCUGUCUGAACCUACCUGAUCCUCCAGCACCUGAAACCGGUCCACCUUCAGCAGCGAGGAUGUCGACCACUCUGAAACACCGACUGUUUGUCAGCGAGCCGAUGGGAAACAAGUCGGUGAGGUGUCUGCCGGGCAUCGGAGAGAGUCGGGCGUCGAAGCUGGAGCAGCAGGACUUCAACAGGGCCGACGCAGUUCUGGGUCAGUUCCUGAGGCUAAAUAGAGACCGCCAGAGGUUCACCAAUUGGCUGAAGGAUGCCAGCGGCGCGAACAUCCGUCAGGCCGGAUUGUGCUAUGACUGUCUGGGGGAGUGGUGUGACAACAACCUCUGAGACUCCGCCUCUUCACCAGAGACCCCGCCUCUUCCUGUUCAUCCCGAGCUCCUCACUUCCUGCGUCUGAAGCUUCAAUCACAGCUCAUAACUCUGUUGGCUUUAAAGCGUUUCAGCCGGCUUCACGCCAGCUCGCUGGGACAUCACAGGUGUUUGUUUCCUGUUUUUAUGAGCUUGUUUCUUUGGGGAAAGUUGAAUAAAAGCUUUGUGUCUGAAUAGCUGGUGGUGCGUUCUGGGUCUCUACGAAACCUUUUAGCUGGUGACACAUUAAAUCAACAUCAA